UUAAUCCCUUCUUUCGUGCCACCGCCACGGCCCCUCAAACCGCAGUCCCAAAAGCUAGGUUUUUAGCCGCCUCUUCCCCCUCUCGCCGCGGCGGCCGGACGCACCAACCUCUCCGAAGAACCCCCAGCGACCCCCCGACUCCUCUCCGUUCCAGAUCGUUGUUUAUGAGCUCGAAGGAGAAGCCCACUCUUGGAGGCACGCGGAUCAAGACCCGCAAGCGGAACAUCGCAGCUCCUUUGGACCCUGCAUCAUUCUCGGAUGCAAUUGUCCAGAUUUAUCUGGAUAAUGGUGGAGAUCUGGAACUUGUCGCCAAAAGCAUUGAGUCCUCAGAUCUCAACUUUUCACGUUACGGUGACACCUUUUUUGAGGUCGUUUUUAUUGGAGGGCGCACUCAGCCUGGUACAAUAAAACCUGAAGAAGAAGGAGAACAUCACCCUUAUUCUGUCCUGGAUUGUGCAUCGCAGCGCGAAGCAAUUUUGCCUUAUGUUCUCUAUAUUCAGAAAACUUUACGCAGGAGGCCUUUCUUAAUAAAGAACCUUGAAAAUGUUAUGCGCAAAUUCCUCCAAUCCUUGGAAUUCUUUGAGGAAAAUGAGAGGAAGAAACUCGCCAUUUUCACGGCACUUGCAUUUUCUCAGAAGUUAUCAGGUCUUCCAACAGAGACUGUAUUUCAGCCAUUGCUCAAGGAUAAUCUUGUUUCCAAAGGGAUAGUGCUUUCAUUCAUUACUGAGUUCUUUAAAGAAUAUCUGAAAGAGAACAGUUUGGAUGAUCUAAUUGCACUUUUGAAGAAAGGCAAAAUGGAGGACAAUUUGCUAGACUUUUUCCCAUCAACAAAGAGGUCCUCUGAGGCUUUAGCUGAACAUUUCAUCAAGGAAGGUUUGACUAGCCUUGUUGAGUACAAUGAAAAGGUAAUGUUUGAAGUUAAACUUAAGGAGAUAAAGUCAACACUGACUACCAUGAUCAAUGAAGAGGCUGAAAUAUCUGAAGUCACUGAGACUGUCAAGCAGCAAGUUAAAGAUGCUAAGUUUCCUGAUAUUGAUGUUAUCCGCAUGCUGUGGGAUGUGCUUAUGGAAGCUGUUCAGUGGUCUGGAAAGAACCAGCAGCAAAAUUCCAAUUCAGCACUUCGGCAGGUGAAAGCAUGGGCUGGCCUUUUGAAUGCUUUUUGCACAAGUGGCAGACUAGAAUUGGAACUUAUAUACAAUGUUCAGACACGGUGCUAUGAGGAUGCUAAGCUGAUGAAGCUGUUUCCUGAAAUUAUAAGAACACUGUAUGAUCAAGAUGUCCUAGCUGAAGAUACUAUCCUUCUUUGGUUCCGUAAAGGUUCAAACCAGAAGGGCAGGCAAUCUUUUGUGAAAGCUCUGGAACCUUUUGUCAAAUGGCUCGAGGAGGCUGAGGAGGAAGAAUAAACUGUGCUCUACCGGAUAUUGUCCGGAUCCUGCUUGAAGUAUUUGCUUAUAUUUCCGAAGUUUGAAGUUUGUGGAUGAAGUGAUGUAUCCUCUGCUUGUUAUCGGCUAGAGUAUUUUAUGAUGACAUGUUGAGCCGUCUGGCUCUGAUCUGCUGAAUGCUAUGAUAUGCUGCAAGAUAUGGAAGUCGUCAACUUUGUUGUACGAGGAUUCGGUGAAACGUUGGUUAUCAUUACUUAAAUGAUUGUUCCAGAUAUUA